GGGUCCGGGGGGUCCGGAGGGGACCCCGAACUCUGCGCCACCGACGAGAUGAUCCCCUUCAAGGACGAGGGCGACCCGCAGAAGGAGAAGAUCUUCGCCGAGAUCAGCCACCCCGAGGAGGAAGGAGACCUGGCGGACAUCAAGUCCUCCUUGGUCAACGAGUCCGAAAUCGCCCCCGCAGGCACCGGCCACGAGGUGGCCAGGCAAGGACAAACUUCCCAAGAAUCAUACCAUGACAAGGCCAGGGAACAUUCUGACGAAGGAAAACAUCCAGAUGGAGGUUUAUACAACAAGGGCCCAUCUUACUCCGGUUAUUCUGGGUAUAUAAUGAUGCCAAAUAUGAAUAACGACCCGUACCUGUCAAAUGGAUCUCUUUCUCCACCCAUCCCUAGAACAUCCAACAAGGUGCCAGUGGUCCAGCCCUCCCACGCCGUCCACCCUCUGACCCCCCUCAUCACUUACAGCGACGAGCACUUUUCGCCAGGAUCUCAUCCUUCGCACAUCCCAGCGGAUGUGAACUCCAAACAAGGCAUUUCCAGACACCCUCCGGCUCCUGAUAUGCCUACCUUCUACCCUCUGUCUUCAGGGGGUGUCGGGCAGAUUACACCACCUCUUGGCUGGCAAGGUCAGCCUGUAUAUCCCAUCACAGGUGGAUUCAGGCAGCCAUUUCCAUCCACCCUCUCAGUCGACACUUCUAUGUCCAGGUUUUCACAUCACAUGAUUCCUGGCCCUCCAGGCCCCCAUGCAACCGGAAUCCCUCACCCAGCCAUCGUAACACCUCAGGUCAAGCAAGAACAUCCCCAUCCUGACAGUGACCUAAUGCACGUGAAGCCUCAGCAUGAACAGAGAAAAGAGCAGGAGCCGAAAAGACCUCACAUCAAGAAACCUCUGAACGCUUUUAUGUUAUACAUGAAAGAGAUGAGAGCCAAUGUCGUCGCCGAAUGUACUCUGAAAGAAAGCGCAGCUAUCAACCAGAUCCUUGGCAGAAGGUGGCAUGCCCUCUCCCGCGAAGAACAGGCUAAAUAUUACGAAUUAGCUCGAAAAGAAAGGCAAUUACACAUGCAACUGUAUCCAGGCUGGUCUGCAAGAGACAAUUACGGUAAGAAAAAGAAGAGGAAGCGAGAGAAGCUACAGGAAUCCACAUCAGGUCCGGGUCCCAGAAUGACCGCUGCCUACAUCUGAAACAUGGUGGAAAACGAAACUCAUUCUCGACGUGCAAAGCCAAGGCGGCGGCCCCCGGACCUCUACUGGAGAUGGAAGCCUGUUGAAACCUUCGACGGCUCUCCGGCCCGGUGCCGCCCACCCCGGCUGAGUCUGCUGCCCAACGCGACUUGGAAGGUCACUGCCAGAGACACCGAACCAUAAAGACAAUCACUGCCAAACCCUUUCUCUCCUACCGCAAGAGCCCAGGCCCGAUGGAGAAACGGAAAGAGACGGAAAACCACCCAUCGGACGACGCACGUCCCAUUCCAGCCGGCCGAGGCUCAGCUCAAGCGGCCCCUCUCCACACUUGCACUUCCAACACGGCGUCGCAGCUCCAGCGGGAGAAGUCCAUUGGUCUCAUCAGCCCGUGGGCGGCUCAGCCCCAUCGCCGGCCUCACCCGGACCAUCUAGGAGUUUGGAGAAGAGUUUGCCCUUGGUUCCUUUCUCCGACUUUUCCUCUCUUCCUUUCUCCCCCAAUUUUUAUUUAAUAACAGUGCAAAAAGGAUCGAUUUUAUGUUUGCUUCUUUUUUUUUUUUCAAAACUUGAAUGCUUUUAUAUUUUAAACCUUUUAGUUUUCAUUUUCUUGGUGUAUAUUUUACUGGCUAUGAGCUUUUAAAUACGAUCCCAAGAGUUGAUUUUUUUUUAAAGUAAAGGAAGUCCUCCUUUUCCAUCAGAGAGAGAUCUUGUCUGAAGAUGUGGCUUUUCUGUGAACUCUUUGUCACAAAUAGUGGCCUCUCACUAUAAGGUGUUCCCUAGAGCUAAAUAAAUGUAACAACCAAGUCAACUUGUCAGUAGAUCUAUCAUUCCUGCUUCACUUUAUUCUUGUGAACCUAAGCAAUGCAGUCAGCUGAUUGGUUUGCAGCGAGUUUCCCCUUCCUCUCCCAACCUUCCCUUCCUUCCUCCUUCUCCUCCUCCUUCUUCUUCUUGUAAAAAGCCCAGCACUUGAAUCGUUAUUACUUUAAAUGUUCUGUAUUUGUAUCUGUUUUUAUUAGCCUGUUAGUGGGAUUUUUUUUUGCCAGUCGUUGAAAUGAGCAGCGAUGUACCCAUUUAAAAAAAAAAGGCACAGCCUUUGCCAAAAAAUACUGUCAACCGAAACGUUUUUGUCAUUCCAUUUUGAGUUAACGUGCUGAGCAUUUGUUUUGUUUUUUAAGGAAGCUUUGUAAUAAAA